CGUUCUCUGUUUUCUCUCUAUCCUUUUGGCCAAUUCGCGCAUGUGCACGAGAAACGAGAACGUUAAUAAACCAAGCGUUGAACGAAUAAAGAAAACUAACCUAUGAUUAUGAUCACAGUACACAGCAUUUGACAGCAUGUGAAGGCGCUUACGCUUCUUCUCUUCUUCUUUCUUAUUUUUUAUUUGCUCCUGCCGCUUUUCAGCGGACAAUACGGCCAGAUUUGCCGCUGUUUGUUUAUAACAAAGCUUGACUCACUGAUUGCGUAGCGAAGUCUGAAUGGAAUUAAAUUAGUGCAAGUCUGAGUAGAAAUUGUGAUUGCAUCAAGCAAUCUUCAAAAAUUUAUUCACAAUCAUUACAAAACACGUCCACGACUCAAGCGUGACUGAAGGAGUGAAGGAAGGCGCUUACGCUUCUAAAACCUUAAAAGGAGCAAAUAAAAAAAAUACACAGUAUAUGACAGUGUUGGGAAAUCGAGAAACAAGCAAACAAGUCUCUAUCAGUCUCUAUCCAAAAGAAAGAAGAGGAAACUGAUUAAUGGGAAUGCAAGAAGCUAUGGAGGAAUUUCUUCAUGCCUCAAAAAUCCCCUUGUCCCAGUUGCCGCCUUACCAAACGAUUCGCGUCGUCAUGGGAAAUCCGACGUGCGACCUGGAUUCCGCUGUAUGCGCCCUGGUCCAAGGAUUGUUGGAGUACCUUGACGCUAAGAAGAAUGGAUUCGCUAACGUCACCGUAAUACCAGUCAUGAAUAUCCCGGAAAGAGAGUUACGCAUUAAAACGGAAGUGAUUUACAGCCUAAAAUCCCAUGGCAUCCCGUUGAACUUGCUGACAUUUAGAGAUCAGAUUGAUUUGCAAAAUGUGCAGAGCGACGCUAACAGGAGGUUUGAGCUGAUUUUGGUCGAUCAUCAUACUCUCGAAGAGGAAGAUUUGGCGUUGAAAUCUUCAGUCGUGACAAUUAUCGAUCAUCGGCCGUUGAAUCCAGCCUGGGAGUGGCCCAACAUACUGUUAAAUGUAGAAAUCAUUGGGAGUUGUGCCACCCUGGUUGCACGCAAUGUUCUACAGAAGUAUCCUGAUAUAGUGGACGAGCAACUUGCGAGCCUCUUGCGAGGUCCAAUAUUAAUCGACACUUAUAACAUGUUGGAACGAGCAACUGCUACUGACGUCGACGUACUAAAUGCUCUUGAACAACUAGGUAAACUCACGUCUGACAGAACUGAGACAUUUAACAAGAUUAUGCAUGCAAAAACAGACUUCACUGGAUUAACUCUCGAAGAAAUUAUGAUUAAGGAUCUAAAAGUGACACUUGGAAUACCUCUCGUUGGAUUUUCCAUUUUAGUAGAAAAUUUCCUCAUGCUUGAAAAUGCGGAAGAGGUCAUUGAAAAGUUUGCCAACGAAAGAAAUUGCAAUGUCGUUGUUCUCAUCGGGCAAGGUAUGACGAAGGAACGUGUAUCUAGAGAUAUUGCAAUCUUUUCAACAUUAUGUAAUCAAUUUGCGAAUGAAAUAAUUCGAGCGUUGGCUGAAUCUACUCGGCCAUCUCUAGAUUUAGAAUUUAUCAAAGAAAUUCGAAAAGAGAAAUAUAUCAUCUAUUUGUACAGACAAGGAAAUCUGAAGGUAACACGCAAACAGAUAUUACCGAUUGUACACAGAACGGCGUUAUUGCAUGGAUUUAAGACUGGUCCCUGAGCCGAGAACUCCGCGUUGACGUACCGUCGCGGUAGAAACAAGAACUCUCUCCAAUGGAAGAAUAAUAAGCGAGAAAUGUUGAGAAUUGACACGUUGAGAAUUCUUGCGUAGUAUUUCCAAAUAAAAAGA